AGCUGACAGGAGAAACCGAGUCUCCAACAAAGCGUCCGCUCGGAAACAGCUUACGACUGCGCCCCCGUGGCUGUGACUCACCGACCCGCAGCUCGACGCCUGAUCGAUCGCCUGCCUCUGUUCUGUUAACACGAGGAGGCUCUUGAACGCAUCCCUUAAGGCAUACGGCCGGGGAUUGUGUUCUUGGAUACUUCACAUCCCCAAAAGGACACAGGCGGCAGCGGGCGUUUUAUAUUCAGAGAAAUCCAGCGCACCGCGGCGCUGGGCCGGCCGGACGACGCCAUUCCUGCGUCCAUGACAACAUGCCGCCCUACCUCUCUCCUCUCCACGUCGUCCAACCCUCCUUACCAGCCCACUGCGAACCCACCAACGCGUUCCUGCACCACCUCUCCGCGUCCUUUCACACGUGCGUCCCUACCAACCUCGCCCUCCUCUCCACCGUCCUCGGCACCUGCAGCAUCGUCGCCUGGCUCUUCGCCCAACUCCCUCAGAUAUACAAGAACCAUAGACUGCAAUCCACGUCGGGCCUGAGCCUGUUCUUCCUCGUCGAAUGGCUCCUCGGCGACGUGUCGAAUCUGCUGGGCUGCGUGUUCACGGGCCAGGCGCUGUGGCAGGUCAUCAUCGCGGGAUACUAUGUCACGGUCGACUGCGUACUGGUGGCGCAGUGGAUAUGGUACGAGCUGCUGAAGCAUGGGCGGCCGCUGAGGUCGAUAUGGGCAAAGGACGAGGAUACACUGGGAGGAGGCGGCGGCGGUCCAGCAGUUAUGCAAGAGGUAUGGGACGGUUUGCGGGGUGAUGAUCAGGGCCAGGUCAAUGACGGCGCUGGGAAGACACUCGUCGUCGUCGACACCAAAGCCAUCCCCCCUAGCUCAGGACGCUACAUCCCCCGCCGCUCCAACCCCAUGGAUGCCUUCCGGAUCCCCAACUUUGCGCGCUCCCCUAAAUAUAGUCGAGCGUCUCCUGGAGCGACGACGAAUAACACACCCCCGAACCGAACUGUACGACGGGUAGCGGGUUCUCCUCCGAUGCCGUCUCCAAAGACGGUCCUAUACCUCUCCAUGGUACUGGCGGUUCUGUCGCAUACGACAGCCGCCAGUCCCGUGAGCCCUUUCGCACCCACUUCAUAUCCUCGAUCAUCCCUUUCUUCUUCUUCCCCCGUUUCCUUGGCGGCCGCCGCUUCCAACAGCAGCAGUUCUAGUUCUACCAGACAACACACGCUCGGCACGUUCGCCUCGUGGCUUUCCACCCUCCUCUACCUCGGCUCCCGCCUCCCCCAGCUGUACAAGAACCACCUCCGUCGCUCCACGGCUGGCCUGUCCCCCACCUUGUUCGCGGCCGCCUUCUUCGGCAACCUGUUCUACGCCAGCUCGCUGGUGACGAACCCCUGCGCCUGGAACGAUUUCGCGCGGGGCGCGGGACGAGGCUGGGUCGCUCUCGAGGGCAGCAACCGGGCGGAAUGGGUCAAGCGGGCCUUGCCCUUCUUCCUCGGCGCGGCGGGCGUGCUAGCCAUGGACGCGUGCAUGGGCCUGCAGUUCUGCGUCUUCGGCGACGGGAUCAAGGCGGACGACGUGGGGAGAGGCAGGUCGAGGAGGGCCGCCCCCCGGAUCGCGCAGGACGAAGAGGAAGAAGUCGUCGUCGUCAUUAACGACCACGGCAUCCGGAAGCGGAUCCACCGCCGCUGGAGGCGCGCCAGCGGCUGGAUGAGGGGCUGGAUGCCCAGUGUCAGCGUGGCGGGGACGCCGAGCGUGAGCCGCGCGAGCACCCCCGUGCGCAGCGGGAGUCCAGCAUCGGCGAGGAGUAUCGUGGGCUCUUCUGGAAGUCCGCCGGGAAGGGGGAAGGCGCUGGACGAGGCGAGGAGCUUGCUGUACGGGACGAGCCCGCGGAGUUAUGGGGGAGUGGGAUCGGGUUGACCAAGAACCCAAGAGGGGGAUGUUAUACGCUGCUUUUAUGAUCAUGUCUUCUUGUUUUCCUAAAGCAUUUUCUUUCUUUGGCUGCAUCUGCACUGUGGCAUUGGAUCCGGCGUUGAGGUGUAGAAGCCUCCUACAUGGAUUGCU